CUUGCAGAUGAAGAUGAAUGAGAUGAAGGAGGAGAACAAAAUCCUACGAACGGCGGUCAAGAAAACCGUGAAAAGUUACAGGGAUUUGCAUGCCAAAUUUUCCAUCAUUCGGCAAAAUAAUCAGAUUAAGAUGAAUGAUGGAUGCCAAUGGAGAAAAUAUGGGCAGAAGGUUGCCAAAGGUAACCCGUGCCCCCGAGCCUAUUAUCGUUGCACCGUAGCCCCAGGAUGCCCUGUGAGAAAACAG